AUGGAUGCAAGUACAAAUUCAACUCCAUCAAAAGAUGAAUCAGAAUCCAUCAUCGUGAUAAAUGAUGAUGCUAAUGGACCACCUGUUGUCAAAGAAUUUUUUUCAAAAUUGAGCACUAAUAUUGAAAAAACUCGAUGGACAGGCAGUUGCAAUGUUUGCUCAUUAUCAAUUACAUCUAACUUCUUAAAGCACGUAAAAAUUAAACAUCGGUUAAUAUUUGAUAAAUGGAAAAGUAAACAAGACCAGGUAGUGCAAGAAACAAAUCAACCGAAGAUUACAAUUGCUUAUAAUCGAGAUAAUGAAAAAUGUAAAUAUUUAUUUAUCUCAAGUCACAUCAUAAUUAAAUUAGAGAGUAACAGUAAUACAAAGCUAAAAUUGUUAUGGUGAAUUAGGGGUGGACCGUUGAUUUUAAUUUGAGUUAGUUAAGAGAGUUAAUUAAGUGGUUUUGCUUAACACUUAAUAUUAAGAAAAAAAACGUUUACAUUAGCGACUUAAUUACUUAAUAUUAAGUGUUAACGCAAUACUUAAUUUUGUGGAACUCACAUAUAUUUUCGAAGAAAAUGGUGAGUGUAAGUUUAAAGGCGAGAUUUUUGCGGCUCCCCACCCCCCCUCCCCC